UGCAGCAAAUAAUGCUAUACUGUACGUGAACGUGACCUUUAAUUGAGGACAUGAAAUACGUCACUGCCGAGGCCCCGCCCAUUCCCGUCAUCUACAAAGGAGCCACGGUUCAGUAGCUCGGAUCUUGUUCCCGUGAAAUUGGUCGGAAAGCGGUCAGUGAUUUUAGCUUGCAUCAUGGGAGUAGUGCACUUCCUUCUUCUGAGCGGUGUGGGCUUUGCUAUGAAUGUCCAAGCUCAGAACUGUUCCACACCUCAGCCAGGACCCAACAUGCACAUAAGGGGCGACGACAUUCUCCUGGAAAUGUUUCCUGAUGGGACCAAGGUUUAUUUUGCUUGUGCAGUUGGUUACCAGUCAGCAGGAGGGUCUACACUCAUCACUUGUAAUGCAGGCAAUUGGAGUCCUGUGAGGCUGAGAUGCGAGAGGAAAAGCUGUGGCUCUGUUGGAGAAGUGCCCCAUGGACAAAUACAUUACCAAAAUGGGGCUGAGUUUGGUGAUAAAGUUAUAAUCACAUGUGACCUUGGUUACAUAUUGGUUGGUAGAGGUGAUAUGACCUGUGAGGACCAAGGCUGGAGUGGCAGGUUGCCUGUAUGUGAAGAAGUGAUGUGCGAUCCUCCGCCUCCGGUUGUAGAUGGCACCUUCAGUCCGGAAAAUGAAGUGUAUUCAUACAGAGAUGUUGUGCGGUACAGGUGUAAAAAGGAUUACACAUUAAUUGGACCAAAAUCGAGAACAUGUUCAGAAGAUGGAACAUUCAAGCCUGAGGCUCCAACAUGUGCAUUGAUUGAGUGUGAAGAGCCUAAUGUGGUCAAUGCUGACUGGAGUAGGAAUCCCCCUUAUAGACCCGGGGCUGCAGUGACGCUCUAUUGCAGACCGGGAUACGCUCUACAAGGAGAGCAAACACAGCUAUGUGGCAUGAAUGGCCAAUGGUCACCUGGACUUUCAACAUGUGAACCUAAGAGCUGUUCCAGACCCGUGCCACAACCCAACGUGAUCUUAAAGGGCAACAGCACUCUCUUACAAACAUUCCCACAUGGGACCACCGUUUCUUUUGCCUGCGAUGUUGGCUACAAGGCUGCAGGAGGGUCAGAUGUCAUUACUUGUUCUUUGGGAGUUUGGAGUUCUGUGGGGCUAAAAUGCCAGAGGAAGAACUGUGGCACUGCCGGAGAAGUGACACAUGGCCAAGUUGUUUAUCCUGAAGGGACUGAGUUUGGCCAUAAAGCUAAGAUUACAUGUAACACUGGUUAUAAAUUGGUUGGUAAAGAUGAAAUUAUUUGUGAAGAUCAGGGCUGGAGCAGCAGGUUGUCCAUAUGUGAAGUGGUGACUUGUGAUCCUCCGCCUCAGAUUGUAGAUGGCACCUUCAGUCCGGAAAAUGAAGUGUAUUCAUACAGAGAUGUUGUGCGGUACAGGUGUAAAGAUGGUUAUACAACACUUGGCUCUAAAUCAAGAACGUGUUCAGCAGAUGGAACAUUCACUCCUGAUGCUCCGACAUGUGCCUUGAUUGAAUGUGAAGAGCCUCCUGUGGCCAAUGCUGACUGGAUUAAGAACCCCCCUUAUAAACCGGGGUCUGCAGUGAAAUUCCAGUGCCGAUCUGGAUACACUCUACAAGGAGAGCAAACACAGACAUGUGACAUAAGUGGUCAGUGGUCACCUAAACUUCCAACAUGUGAACAAAAUAGACAUACCUUGCACUUAAUACUGUGUUUCUUGGCAGGUCUCUUGGUUGGUAUUUUAGUCACACUACUGGUCAAGUUAGUGAUGGAGAGAAAACGCUCUCGAAAAAACGUUCAUAACCAAAAUGAAACAAAGCAGUCCAGUGAGCUCCAAGCUCUCUCAGUAAGAAGCUGAUCUCAGUUGCUUCAGGUCUCUCACAAGUCCUUCUGAAGUCAACUGGUGGCGAAGACGAAUGAAGAUCUGAAUGCUGUGUCAGUUAAGGAUCACUCAAUAAUCCUUGUGUGCCUCUUUUCUUUAAUAAUGAAAUGCAUCUUUGGCAGGGAACAUCUUUCCUGUUGCACCAAUUAGUUUAGUGAUGUUUUCUUUUGUUUGUUUUUUUACAGCAUCAUGAAACACGUGAUUCUGUUUUAAAAAACAAAUUAUUUGCACUGCAUGUUACUGCUCAGCUGGUCAUUCUAUGUAGCCCUGUUAUGAACAGGACUUUAAACUAUAUUUAGUAUUCACUAAGGAAUGUGUUAUGUGUUAUCAAUAUGUACAAAAUGCUAAGCAAUGGUUAGUGCCUUGCUGAUUUAUCACAUUCAAUUCCAGCGUCUUUUUACUGUGAAGAUUAGAAGGUAGUAUGUUUUCUACCUUAUUUCUUUUUGACAGUGCCAAUUUCUGCUUUUUGCUGUAUUUUUAUUUAUUAAAUAUUGUCAGAAUGUC